CAUUGCUUUCUCUUUAAUUUUUCCAUGGAGCAUGGUCGGUUGAAUUCCGGCAUCUUCUCUUUCUCAAUCUGUAGAAUUUCUUCAAUAAAUUUAUUCUCAGUACUGGAAAGUGGAUUUCCCCCUUGGAACCUAAAUACAGCUUGAGAGAGUCGAAUAUAUAGCGAAUUCAGGAAGGCACAAUCAACAGCAGUUGCCACUCUUUCCAACUAAAUCAAGGACCAAAAUUCGAUACACCACAAGAAGUGUCAUAAAGUCAUAAGGAACUACCUGAAGAAGCUUUAUGCACGCGCAGUAAGCCAAUUUCAGGAUUGAAAAGUUUUCGGAGUUAAGCUACUACCAAGGAAAUUGAAUUGGUUCACAGUUGGUUUUGCACCAAUAAUGAGAGGCAUAAGAUGAUUACAAAUUCAAGAGAAUCAGGCUUUACAACAAAACAGGAAGGAAACACUAGUAAUGAGAAGAUCUCAAAGGUUUCAUCUAGUUCAACACCAUGGUCAAGGUUGAAGGAUCCACGAAUUGUGCGUGUGUCACGCGCUUUUGGUGGCAAAGACAGGCACAGCAAAGUUUGCACUGUGAGAGGAUUGAGAGACAGGCGCGUAAGGCUUUCAGUACCCACUGCUAUUCAAUUGUAUGAUCUUCAAGAUAGGCUUGGGCUUAAUCAGCCUAGCAAGGUGAUUGAUUGGCUGCUGAACGCGGCUAAGCAUGAAAUCGAUGAGCUCCCUCCUCUCCAAAUGCCACCAGGAAACUUCAGCCAAAUUCCUCAAUCAAUGCUAACCUCUCAUGGUGCUGGUGCUUCACAAUCCAACAAAGAUGGACUUAAAAUGAACAGCAUCAACUGGGAUGAUCCACUGGGACUACCCAAGUCAAAUUUUUGGAGUUCAGAUGCUACUGUGAGGGACAAGUCUAAGGAGGUUGCAAUAGAAACAGCAGAUGAUCAGAAAGAAGUUUGGAAUAGAAGAAAUGAGGAAGAAAAACAAGGUACUAUUGAAGGUCAUGCUUCAUGUGUUUCAUCUAAUGACCUUUUCCCAAGACCUAACCAUUCUUCAUUGCCUGGCCUGCCUAAUCAUUCCAUGCCAUAUAAUUCGUUCUAUCGUUGGGAUCCAUCGAAUUUUUCCUUAUCUAAUAUAGGAAGUCAUGGAUUUACAGUACCUCGAACCGAAGAUCUUCAAAACCUUAAUGUUUUGCCAUUGGCAUCAACAUUGUCUCUUCCAUCUGGAUCUCAAGUUUUUGUGUGUCCACCUGGAACAACACAAUCUUAUUUCCCUUCACAUGUUAGUACUUCAGCCGAGUUCGAUCCAAAACAAAUCAACCAUUUCCAGAUGUUAAGCUCAAGUUCACAAAAUCCCAUGUCAAGUUCUCUUACACCACCUCUUUACUCUAUAAGCCAAUCCGUGAGACCCUUCCAAUUGAGCAUGAAUUCUAAGCUUUUCUCUUCUCAAAACAAUAGCGAAAGUCAGUCAAACAAAGACAUUGAAUUUCCUACAAAAUGAUCUGAAAGCAUUCUGUAUCUUUCGAAGGCUUAGAUCAUAAGUUCUUAUAUAUGAUGAAAGGGGAAAAUAAUAUUCCAUUUCUGCCAUAUCUGGAGUGGAAGACCUUUGAUUGUUAUAAUGAUCAGAGUGUUCAUGUUUCAUUUCAUAAGACUUCAUCAAGAGGAAUAUUGGUGUCAAAUUCAGAACUUUUGCUGUCUGAUGAAUAGCUGAUACUGUAAGAUUACAACAUAUAUAGGUUGUUCUUAUGUUCACAAGUAUUUAUUAUGAAUUUAUAAUAACUCAAUGAUAGUAUUUGAACAGGAAGAUGCUUAAAGCUAUGAUUUACUAUUUGUUACAUAUAUAUAUAUAUAUUUCAGUGUGCA